AUGCAACCAGAAAACUACUUAGGAAAAAAGAAGCCAGCUGCCGGGAAGAUAAAGGGCAGGGGAAGACGUCCUCCCACGCAGGAACCCAAGGAGCACCGGCAGGAGCUCCAGAAAGGAGAGCAAGUUGAAGGGGAGCAAGUCCCGGCCGCGCUCCCGGCUCCGGCAGGGACGUGGAGCGGCGGCGGGCGGGGCCGGCUUCCCCAGAGCACGCUGCAAAGCGCCGGGCUCGCCGCUGCGCUCCGGAGCGGGGCGGGCUGGCUCAGCUCCCCGCGGGGAGGGGACGCUGCUCCCGGCGCCGCCCGCCCCGACCCCGCUGAGGGGGGUCCCGCUGAGGGGGGGCCGCACUCGCCUCGCCCGCUGCCCCUCACAGCGCCGCUCCCGCCCUCCCUUACCUGCGCCAGGGCGGCCUCUCCUACCCCCUCCCUUCCCUUCUCUGCCUUUCCCGUCCCUUCCCUCCCGCCCCGUCACCUCACGGGCGGUCCCAGCCCCGCACUUACGAGCGCCGGCUACAAGUGCCGGGGUCUGCGCAUGCGCGCGCGGCCGGCGCUCAGCGCUCCUCCCGCCCCCCGGAGCGCGCGCCCCUCUCCCCGCCGCGGCGCCUUCCCCUCAGGCGGCCCCCGCCGGGAAAACUGCCCCCCCCGCCGGGAAAAGUGCCCCCCCCCGCCGGGAAAAGUGCCAUUCCGGCCGGGAUAA